AUGCGCGACGGGCUGGUCACCAUCCUGUCGUCGCGCACGGCGCUCGGGACGCGGCAGCAGGCGCUCGUGCUGGCGGGGACGCUCUCGGAGCUGUACGGGUGGCGCUGGGUGCUCGGCGGCGCGGGCAGCGCCCUGGCCGCCCGCGGGGGCACCGCGCUGACGGUGCUGGCCGAGGUGGCGGGGGUCGAGGUGCCGCUGCUGCUGUGCGACGCCAUGGACCCGGAGCAGCCCGUGCCCGACAUGUACGGGGCCGCCGUCGAGGUGACCGCGGAGGCGGCCGCGGCGAACCUGGCGGCGGCGAGGGAGCGCAGGCGCGCGCAGGCGGCGGCGGCGGCGGCGGCGGAGGCGGAGGCGCGCGACGCGAAGCCGCUCGGUGAGCAGCUGCGCGAGCUGCAGCGCACGCUCGUCGAGGGCAUGGUGGUCGCGGACGGCGCCGCGGAGGGCGCGCGGAAGGCCGCCAUGGAGGUCGAGGAGGAGGACGACGCGGAGGAUGGUGAGCAGGCGCCGCAGCCGCACCGGCCGCCGCGGGUGGAGGACCUGCCGGAGCCGGGGCGCGGCAAGGGCGCGUUCGCGGAGGGGACGACCACGGCGGGCGCGCGGGCCGAGGCGCUGCUGCCGCCACUGUUUGCGUUGUUGGAGGCGGUGGUGUCCGCGCUGGUGGAGGGCGAGGAGGGGGGCGGCGUGGUCCUCGAGGCCGACGUGACGGAGCGCGCCUUCGGGCGGCUGAUGUCGGUGUUCCAGGUGGUCCUGGAGUACCUCUCGCACGCCGCGAAGCAAGAAAUCCAGGCGUCCCCGCUCGUGGACGUCGCGGCGGUGCGCGCGCUGGGGCGCUUCCUGGCCGAGGUCCCCGACGCGCUGCGCCAGCCCCUGGUGGCGGUGCUGCCGUACUGCCUGCGCCUCCGCGCGCCCGACAGCCACGGCGGCGUCGCGGACGGCACGCUCUUCCUGUGUCCGGCGCUCUUGAUGGUCGCGCAGGACCGCGCGGGCGCAGGUGCGCUGUUGGGCUGCGGAGCGGCCGCGGAGCUGCUGCGGGCGCUGGCGACGUGCCUGUCCGACCUCCGCGCGGGGCACCAUGGCAGGCUGGCCACGAUCGACGCGUGGAGGGUGGCGGGGAACGUGUCGCGCGCGCUGUCGGCGGUGCUGCACGCCACUGCAGCAGGACCCCCCCCCCGGACGCCCAGCUGCCACGCGACGCGGCGCUGGCGGUGCUCGCGGCCGUCCCGCACCUGGGCACGCCGCCGAGGGCGAGCCAGGCGCUCGCGCCCGUGGGGGCCGCCGUUGCGCAACUGGUGUGCACACUGGUGGCAUCCACCCCCCCCUGCGCCGGUCUGA